GUUCUUGAACCAAAACAACUUGAGACAGUUCAGAUCAGUUUUUCAACUUAGAGAAAUUAUUCAGAUCUAUGUGAUUUGAUGGGAAAUAAUUUAGAGGAGGGAACAUCUUUUUAAGGCUGUUUUUCUUGUGUAGAUACAGCGAAACACUCAAGGGUGACGUCAAUAGCUGGUUAAAGGAGGAUCAUCCAUGGAAAAUAUUGUGUCUGUAAACCAGUGAAGUUAAAAUCUUUAUAUGGAGCGUUACAGAGAUACUGAAGAAAUCCCCAACGGCAACUAAAAGCAACAUGUCUGAGAAAGAGGUUAUGACCACAUCAACUGGCUACUCACCUGAACUCCAAAGACCAGUGUCUCCCUCACCGAGUAUGAAAAGUGACACAUCAAAGGGCGAACCUCCAAACCUCUGUAAUGACAGCUCACCUGAACUCCAAAGAACAGUGUCUCCCUCACCGAGUGUGAAAACUAACAUAUCAAAGGACGAACCUCCAAACCUCUGUAAUGACAGUGAUCCUAAUGGAACUCAACCUAGAACAGCUGGGACCACUGAUAAAGGAACAAAUGCCACGGUUAAAAACAAUCUGAGAAAUGUUAUCCUUGAGGAGCUGCGUCCCCAUGAAAAUAAAUCAAAACUCUGUAGCAUAGUGAAAUGUGACGAAAGUGGGAAAACGGAAACAGUCAUGUACAAAGAUUUAUUUUCCAAAAGUACCUACACAACCGUGCGAACAGUGCUCAUGACAGGAGUCCCUGGUAUUGGUAAAACAUUCCAAACCACAAUGUUCAUGAUCGACUGGGCAAAAGGAAACUCAAACAAGGACAUCAAGUCUAUUGUGUCCCUUCCUUUCAAUGAACUGAAUAAACAGAGGGAUGAAAAUAAAAGUAUGGAGUCUCUGCUUAAGGACUUUUUCAGUAAAAAAAAUGUAGUAGUCUCCAACGACAACAAAGAUAAAAUAUGUUUCAUUCUUGAUGGCCUGGAAAUAUGCAAACUUCCUCUUGACUUUCAAAACAACAAGGAAGUUAAAGACUUAAGGGAAUCUGCUUCAAUAACUGUGCUGCUAACAAAUCUGAUCAAAGGAAACUUGCUUCCCAAUGCUCAUCUAUGGAUAAUUUCUCAACCAAAAGGAGUUGACAAGAUUCCUCCUGAAUAUAUCAACAAAACAGUUCAAUGCCAAGAAACGUUUGUGCGACUGGAGAUGUUGGAAUCAAGUCUGAAGCAAAGAUUUUUGAACACAACCCAUGAUAAUAAAAAUGAAAUCAGUCAUCCUAAUCAGAAAAACACAGAACAUAUCAUUAGAAGGGAAAACGACACAGAGGAAGAAAGUAAGAAAGACAAGUUUAAUAUAGUGAAUGAUUCUUCUGAGAUCUUCAAAGAUGGAAAAGUAAAGAAACCUAGAAUGGUGCUGACUAUUGGAGAAGCUGGCAUAGGAAAAUCUUUUCACAUGCAAAAAUUUAUAAAAGACUGGGCUAAAAAUGAUAAGACGCAGUCAUUUUUCACACGCGUCAAAGAUACCAUCUUUGGCAGGACUAAAGGUGUUGAACUUUUGUUUGCACUUGACUUCUCGGAGCUCAACUUGGUAAAAGGAAAAGACAUCAGUCUGUUUUGGCUUCUCAACCAUUUCUACAAGGAAACCAAAGAUUUUGUCAUCUCGGAUUAUUCCCAGUUAAAUAUUUUGUUUCUUUUAGAUGGACUUGAUGCGUAUCAACAUUCUUUAAAAUUUGAUUGCAAUACAAAUUUGACUGAUGUCAGAGAACCAACCACAGUGGAUGUGUUACUUGUAAACCUCAUCAAAGGAAACCUGCUUCCAAAUGCCAAAGUUUGGAUAACCUCUCAGCCUUCAGCUGCUGAGAACCUCCCUGAUAACUGUGUUGACAGGAUAACAGAAAUACGAGCAAAGCCUGAUGUAACAAGUCAACGAAAACUCAAGAUUCAACUAAAAGAGCAAUUUACCCAUGUUUCCGAAGGGACUGAUGGGCAGAAGACCUCAGCUCUUCUCAAUGAGGUCUUCACUGACCUUUACAUCAUAGAGGGGGAAGGGGCUCAAAAUGAAGCCAUGCAGGAUCAGGAUGCAAAGUCCAAAACAGCAAAGGAAGAAACAACUAUCAAAUACUGCAACAUUUUUAAACCUGGCACUGGUAAUCAAAAUGUUAAAACUGUGCUCACCAUUGGAGUGGCAGGUAUAGGAAAAACAUUUGCCUCAAUGAAGUACAUUCUUGACUGGGCAGAGGGCAAAGCAGCAGAAAACAUGUUUUUCAUUUUUCCACUUGCUUUCCGAGAGCUGAAUCUGAGAACAGAGAAAGAACACAGUUUAGAAGAUCUGAUUCAUCAGUUCUAUCCAGCGAUGAAAACCUCUGAAAUAACUGACUAUGACCAAUACAAGAUUCUGAUUGUUCUGGAUGGUUAUGAUGAAUGUCGCCUGGAUCUUGACUUCAGGGAAACAAAUUACUGGAGAGAUGUCAAAACACCAACCUCAGUAAAUGUUCUGCUGUCAAAUCUUAUCCUGGGAAAUCUGCUUCCUAACUCUCAAGUCUGGAUCACCUCCCGACCUGCAGCAUCGAACAACAUUCCCCCAGAUAAAGUUGAUAGAAUGACUGAGGUGAGAGGAUUUAAUGACGAGCAAAAGGAAAAGUAUUUCAUGAAGAGAUUCAGUGAUGAGGAGAUGGGUAAAAAAAUCCUGUCACAUGUGAAGAAAUCAAGAAGUCUUUACAUAAUGUGUCACAUCCCUGUUUUCUGUUGGAUUACAUCAAGGGUCUUGGAGGACUUUGUUAACAGACAACAAGAUGAAGGACUGCCAAAAACUCUGACUCAUCUGUACACACAUUUCCUUCUGCUCCAGCGCAGACAGACAAAAGAAAAAUAUGAUGGUCAGUCAAGCUCUGAAACUGAAUCAUGCGGGAAUGAAAGCAAUGAUGAAACAAUUCUAUCUUUGGGGAAACUUGCCUUUAAGGGACUAGAGGAGAAAACCCUUCUCUUCACUGAAGAAGACCUGACCAAUUGUGGAAUUGAUGUAACUAAAGCUGCAGUUUUCUCAGGGUUGUUCACUGAGAUCAAACGAGAAGACCACGACCUGUACCAGCAGAAGUUGUUUUGCUUCGUCCAUCUAAGCGUUCAAGAGUACCUGGCAGCUCUCCAUGUCUUCUACUCAUUUAGUAACAAAGGGGAAAAUGUGUUCAUUAAACCUUCCUCAGCAACCUCAGACCUAACUGCCUUAGAUAUCUACAAGAAAGCAGUGGACAAGGCUUUUGAGAAUAAAAAUGGGGACUGGGACAUGUUUCUCCGCUUCCUACUGGGUCUCUCUCUGAAAACUAAUCAGGAUCUUCUUCACAAGCUUUUCAAAAUGACUGAAUAUAAUGAAGACACUAAAAAAGAAACAGCGGAGUACGUAAAUACAAAGAUCAGAGAGAACAACAGUGCCCCAGAAAAAACCCUUAAUCUUUUCCACUGUCUUAAUGAGCUGGAUGACCACUCCCUGGUUCAAGAAAUCAAAAAUUAUCUUCAGUCAGAAGAAAAACCUUUUAAAAAUUUCACUACAUCACAGUGGUCAGCUUUGACUUUUGUGCUGCUGACAUCAGAUGAGAAGCUUGAGGUGUUUGAUCUCAAGAAGUACCUGAAAUCAGAGAAGGUUCUUCUGGGAAUGCUGCCAGUGGUCAGGGUCUCAAGAACUACUUUGCUGAGCUGGUGUGAGCUUUCUGAAGAAUCUUGCCGAUGCCUGACGUCCUCAGUGCUCAGCUAUCCACCCUCAAAUCUCUCAGAGUUGGACCUGAGUCAUAACGAUCUGUUGGAUGCUGGAGUGAUGCACAUUGCUGAUUGGCUUAAAGAUAUAAACUGUAAACUUGAAAUCCUCAAGUAA